CCAAAAUAUGGGACAGUGAAAUAAUGGUCUUCUAGUCUGCUAAACAAGUGUCCAGCUUCCACAAUGCCUGUGCAGGCAGCUCAGUGGACGGAGUUUCUGUCCUGUCCAAUCUGCUACAAUGAGUUUGAUGAGAAUGUCCACAAGCCCAUCAGCUUAGGUUGCUCACACACUGUCUGUAAGACCUGCCUGAACAAGCUUCAUCGCAAAGCAUGUCCUUUCGACCAGACUGCCAUCAACACAGACAUCGAUGUGCUUCCAGUAAACUUUGCACUUCUCCAGUUAGUUGGAGCCCAGGUACCAGAUCAUCAGACAAUAAAGUUAAGUAACCUAGGAGAGAACAAACAUUAUGAGGUAGCAAAGAAAUGUGUUGAGGAUUUGGCACUCUACUUAAAGCCACUAAGUGGAGGAAAGGGAGUUGCUAGUUUGAAUCAGAGUGCCCUGAGCCGUCCAAUGCAAAGGAAACUGGUGACCCUGGUGAAUUGUCAGCUGGUGGAGGAGGAGGGUCGUGUUAGAGCCCUGCGAGCAGCACGCUCACUUGGUGAAAGAACUGUAACAGAACUGAUUUUGCAGCACCAGAACCCUCAGCAACUGUCUGCCAAUCUCUGGGCUGCUGUCAGGGCACGAGGAUGCCAGUUUCUAGGGCCAGCUAUGCAAGAAGAAGCUUUGAAACUUGUGUUACUAGCACUUGAAGAUGGCUCUGCGCUCUCAAGAAAAGUUUUGGUACUCUUUGUUGUGCAAAGACUAGAACCAAGAUUUCCUCAGGCAUCAAAAACAAGCAUUGGUCAUGUUGUGCAACUACUGUAUCGCGCAUCAUGCUUUAAGGUCACGAAAAGGGAUGAAGAUUCUUCUCUGAUGCAGCUUAAAGAGGAAUUUCGGAGUUAUGAGGCUUUGCGGAGGGAACAUGAUGCCCAAAUUGUCCACAUUGCCAUGGAAGCAGGACUUCGAAUAUCACCAGAACAAUGGUCUUCCCUCCUUUAUGGUGACCUGGCACAUAAGUCACACAUGCAAUCCAUUAUUGACAAGCUCCAGUCUCCAGAAUCAUUUGCAAAAAGUGUGCAGGAGUUGACAAUUGUCUUGCAACGUACAGGUGAUCCCGCAAACUUAAACAGACUUAGGCCUCAUUUGGAGCUUCUGGCAAACAUAGAUCCUAAUCCAGAUGCAACUUCUCCAACAUGGGAGCAGCUGGAAAAUGCAAUGGUGGCGGUGAAGACUGUGGUACAUGGGCUAGUGGACUUUAUUCAGAAUUAUAGUAGAAAAGGUCAUGAAACACCACAGCCGCAACCAAAUAGCAAAUAUAAAACGAGUAUGUGCCGAGAUCUGCGACAGCAAGGGGGGUGUCCACGAGGAACUAACUGUACAUUUGCUCACUCUCAGGAAGAGCUUGAAAAGUAUCGUUUGAGGAACAAAAAGAUCAGCGCAACUGUGAGAACAUUCCCUCUCCUAAAUAAAGUUGGUGUCAACAGCACUGUCUCAACCACAGCAGGAAAUGUAAUCUCUGUCAUAGGAAGCACUGAAACAACAGGAAAGAUGGCGCCGAGUUCCAAUGGGAUUGCAAAUCUGGAAAGUGGUGUUCCCCAAUUGAUUCCUCGCUGCGCUGAAACCUCCUUAAGAGUUCUGGAGAAUGUCAAGAAGGGGGGAAAGUCUGGAGCCAGUGGUCAAAAUGCCUCUGGGUCUCCUACAGAAUCGCUGUCUGAAAAUAAAAUUUGUUCUCCACCCAAGACUCCUGUAAGCCAGGCAGCAGCUACCUCAGCUGGUGGUCCUAAUAUUGGAACGGAGAUGAAUUCUCUGACUCCAAAAUCCAGCCCAUUUGUAACCAGAGUACCUGUCUACCCUUCACAUUCUGAUAAUGUUCAGUAUUUUCAAGAUCCCAGGACACAGUUAUCCUGUGAAGUUCCACAGUACCCACAGACAGGAUACUACCCACCACCUCCAACAGUACCAGCUGGCGUGGCUCCCUGUGUUCCUCGCUUUGUGAGGUCCAGUAAUGUUCCAGAAUCCUCCCUCCCACCUGCUUCCGUGCCAUAUGCUGAUCAUUACAGUACAUUUCCCCCUCGAGAUCGACUGAAUUCUCCCUACCAGCCUCCUCCUCCGCAGCCGUAUGGACCAGUUCCUCCCGUCCCUUCUGGAAUGUAUGCUCCAGUGUAUGACAGCAGGCGCAUCUGGCGUCCACAGAUCUACCCAAGAGAUGACAUUAUUAGGAGCAAUUCUUUACCUCCAAUGGAUGUGAUGCACUCAUCUGUCUAUCAGACAUCAUUACGUGAAAGAUAUAAUUCACUGGAUGGGUAUUACUCCAUGGCUUGCCAACCUCCAAAUGAGCAGAGGACUGUGCCUUUACCAAGGGAGCCUUGUGGUCACUUGAAGACCAGUUAUGAUGAUCAGUUAAGACGGAAGCCAGAGCAAUGGGCACAAUACCACUCUCAAAAAACACCGCUUGUGUCCUCAACCCUUCCUAUGGCAACACAGUCUCCAACACCACCUUCUCCUCUCUUCAGUGUUGACUUCAGUACAGAGUUCUCGGAGAGUGUUAGUGACUUGAGUGGUACUAAAUUUGAGGAAGACCAUCUUUCACACUACUCACCCUGGUCCUGUGGCACUAUUGGUUCCUGCAUAAAUGCCAUCGACUCAGAGCCCAAGGAUGUAAUUGCCAAUUCAAACGCUGUGUUAAUGGAUUUGGACAGUGGAGAUGUUAAGAGGAGAGUUCAUCUAUUUGAAACUCAAAGAAGGGCAAAGGAAGAAGAUCCUAUAAUUCCUUUUAGUGAUGGACCAAUCAUCUCCAAGUGGGGUGCAAUCUCCAGAUCAUCCCGCACAGGUUAUCACACAACAGAUCCUAUUCAGGCCACUGCUUCCCAAGGAAGUACUACUAAGCCCAUCAGUGUAUCAGAUUAUGUCCCUUACGUCAAUGCUGUUGAUUCAAGAUGGAGUUCCUGUGGCUCAGAUUCUACUUCAUCAGGACGCUAUAUAGAACGGGAAAGAUUCAUAGUUACUGAUUUAUCUGCUCACAGAAAGCAUUCUAGUACUGGAGAUCUACUGAGCAUUGAACUACAACAAGCCAAAAGUAAUUCAUUGUUACUUCAGAGAGAGGCUAAUGCAUUAGCCAUGCAACAGAAGUGGAAUUCCCUAGAUGAAGGCAGUCGCCUUACCUUAAAUCUUUUAAGCAAGGAAAUUGAUUUGAGGAAUGGUGAGACUGACUAUAUUGAAGACUGUGCAGACACAAAGCCAGAUCGGGACAUUGAAUUAGAGCUUUCCGCCCUUGAUACUGAUGAACCUGAUAGGCAAGGUGAACAAAUAGAGGAGAUACUGGACAUACAGCUAGGUAUCAGUUCUCGGGAUGAUCAGCUGCUCAAUGGAACAACUAUAGAGAAUGGACAUUCACUCAAGAAACACCACAAGGAACCUUUGGAGCAGAAGAGACAAAGUUUAGGUGAAGACCUUGUGAUUCUGGAGGAGCAGAAAGCAGUCCUGCCCGUAACUUCUUGCUUCAGCCAGUCUAUCACAGGAUCCUUUAGCAAUGCAAGCUGCCCGCCCAUCAGCACAUCAGUCACUGUUGGCAGCCUCAUUUUGAAAAGAGCUCACAGUAUGUCUGAGGAUAAAAACAACUUUUUAAAGCCCAUUGCGAAUGGCAAAAUGGUUAACAGCUGAAAGGCAUUCAUCUUUCCAGCUUAUGACCACGCCGUGAAAGCAUUUACACUAGCUUUUUAUAUAUAUAAUAUAUAUUAUAUAAUGUAUAUUUUUUUUAAAAAAAAAAUAUUGGGGUCAUCCAUUUCCUGUGGACUCUUUGAUACUUCAAGCCCCUCUUGCAUUAGCAUUCUGAAAAGAUACAUUUACUAGGGUAAGGCGUUCACUUUCCACAAAUUAAUGGAAUUUGGACAUUCUUUUACUUAAGCUUAAAGCAGCUUUUUA